AUGUCUCCUAGGAAGAUGGCGGAGCCUGUGAUGGACACUUCUCACGUGUUCUGCAGCGCCAACCGGACUCGGGGAGCGGUGUGCUGGGGCGCGGGGCCCGGAUCCCUGCUGGCCCUGGCCACGUGCCGCUCCGUGGUGCUUUACGAGCCUCAGAUAGGAGUUGUGGUUGGUACUCUGAAUGGUCACACUGACAGAGUUAACUGUGUCCAGUGGGUUCACAGAAAGGAUGGCACUCCUGAGACUGAAUUGGUUUCUGGAGGUUCAGAUAAACAGUUGAUUCUUUGGGAAUUGCAAAAUAACCAGCUGAUAAAUGUCGUUCACCUCAAAGGCCACAGUGAUGCCGUUUGUGCCAUAGAUGCUGUUUACCAAAAGGGUGGACCAGGUGAAGAAUUCAGACUACUUGUAGUUUCUGCCGCAUCGGAUUCUACUGUCAGGAUCUGGUCCAAGGAUGGUUCUGACGCUAAAUGUCUUCAGACUUUGCAGUUUGGGCAAGGAUUUGUUCUGGAUGUCUCCUUGUCUUUUUUACCUGGGACUGAUGUACCAAUAUUAGCAUGUGGGGGGGAUGAUGCCAAAGUUAUCUUGUAUGUUCAACAAAGUGGUCAAUUUCAGAAAACAUUCCUGCUUGAUGGACACGAUGAUUGGAUUAGAGGGGUCGAAUGGGCAGAAUUUGAUGGAAAUCUUUUCCUAGCAAGCUGUGCUCAGGAUAGUCUGAUACGAAUCUGGAAACUGUAUGUAAAAUCAGCGUCUUCAGAUAUACGAGGUGGUGAUGUCUUGAAGCUGAAAGAGAACACAUUUACCCUGAAAAAUGAGAAUGCAGAGAAAACAUUUGCAGUUGCUCUAGAGACUGUGCUAGCUGGCCACGAAAACUGGGUGAACGCAGUGCAUUGGCAGCCUUCACAGUACAAAGAUGGUAGAAUGCAGCAGCAACUGAGAUUGCUGUCUGCUUCAAUGGACAAAACCAUGAUCCUCUGGGCUCCGGACGAGGAGUCAGGAGUGUGGCUAGAACAGGUCCGAGUAGGAGAAGUGGGCGGAAACACCUUGGGCUUUUAUGACUGUCAGUUUAGCCCAGAUGCUUCUAUGAUUCUUGCUCAUGCUUUUCAUGGAGCCCUGCACCUUUGGAAACAGAAUGCAGCCAAAUCAGGAGAAUGGACUCCAGGAGUUGUGAUUUCAGGGCAUUUCAAUAGUGUACAAGAUUUAAUGUGGGAUCCAGAAGGAGAAUUCAUCAUCACCGUGGGCACAGACCAAACAACUCGACUUUUUGCUCCAUGGAAAAGAAACGAACAGGCACAGGUGACCUGGCAUGAACUGGCAAGGCCUCAGGUUCACGGGUUUGACAUGAAGUGUUUAGCAAUGAUUGGUCGAUUUCAGUUUGUGACCGGAGCAGACGAGAAGGUGCUUCGGGUCUUUGCCGCUCCCCGGAAUUUUGUGGAGAAUUUUUGUAAAAUAACGGGUCUCUCAGUUGGAGAACAGCUAUGCAAACCAGACAUGGGCCUUCCAGAGGGUGCUACCGUACCUGCUUUGGGAUUAUCCAACAAAGCUAUUUUUCGGGAAGACAUAGCUUCUCAGUCAGCUGAUGAAGAGGACAUAUUUAUCAGUGGUUAUAAUCAAUACCGCCAGAUUAACUUUCAAACCUUCAGCCUUACUGAACCGCCGACCGAGGAUCACCUCCUGCAGAAUACUCUGUGGCCUGAAGUUCAAAAGCUAUAUGGACAUGGUUAUGAAAUGUUUUGUGUUGCCUGCAACAAUUCAAACACUGUGGUUGCUUCAGCAUGUAAGGCGACCAAGAAGGAGCAUGCGGCUAUUAUUCUCUGGAAUACUACUUCAUGGAAGCAACUCCAGAGCUUGGUUUUCCACAGCCUCACUGUUACCCAGCUGGCAUUCUCACCUGAUGAUAAAUUCUUACUAGCAGUUUCCAGAGAUAGAAACUGGUCCCUUUGGAAAAAGCUAGAUGAAACCUCGUCACAGUCAGAAUCAACAUUCAGCCUCCAUGCGUGCACAAAUAAAAAUACAGCGGGACAUAGUAGAAUAAUUUGGUCGUGUGAUUGGAGCCCUGAUAGCAAGUAUUUUUUCACUGGAAGUCGGGACAAAAAGGUCAUUGUCUGGGGGACAUGCGGUGCUGAUACUCUCUCGGGAGAUAAAGGGUCUGAAGGUCUGGACCCUUGCUCUUCAGUACUUGAUGCAGGAGAUGCCGUCACCACCUUGAGCGUCAACCGGACACGCACGUUGGAGGGAAGGGACAUCGUUGCAGUAGGGCUGGAGUGUGGGAAGAUCCUGGUGUAUACCUGGAAGGCCACUGACCAGAACUCUACACUCACCGAUUGGAUCAAAUGUUUAGAAACUAAUCAGAGCCAGAGUCACACACUUACGGUCAAAAAGCUCUGCUGGCGACGUCAAGUGGGCAAACCAGGACAGAAGGACAGCCGUGAAUAUUUGCAGUUGGCAAGUUGUGGAGCAGAUCACAUUGUGAAGAUCUUUAGUAUUAACAGAUCUGCACUGUAGUGGAAACCAGAGACUCACCUGAGCCAAGUGGAUAUUUGUUUUAGAUUUUAAGAACUUUUCUAUUCUAAAACCAAGUGUACAGAUGAAGACUAUCGUCCUGAUUUAUAAAAACCUUCUACGUCAAUCAGCAAGGUCUUCCUUUACCAUCUCGAUUUCAGGCGAAUUGAGUGUAUCUCUCUGGUAUACAGGAUCGAUAGAAGCCCGGGGGUGCCAACUCCAUGGGGACGAGGGACAGUGUGGGCAACCAUAGCUAGGGCAUAGCUAGCAUUGGAGCUAGAAAUGGACUAAAAGUGGAGCCAAGAUGUCAGCUUGCCCCAGGGCUGGGCCAGGGGCCCUUCUCAAGUCUGGUUACAGUGCCAACCGAUUUAUUCAACCCACUGUAAAACUUGAAAAGUCCAGCAGUUUGGGUUCAGUGGAUUAUGGUGGAAACCUGCCUGGUCACGUGGACAUGCGCUCAGUGUCGCUAAGCUGGGGUGGGGGGGUGGCCCUAGGCUUGGUCAUAGCGAUUUGAACAACAUUUCGGGAACCCUGGGGUUGAGUUUUCAGUAUGAUCUGUGGUGGAAUGGGAGGGCAACCCAAAUUUGGAUCAUUUGGGUCCAAGAUUUAUUUAUUGAGCGUUUACUGUGUGCAGAGCACUGUACUAAGCGCUUGGGAGAGUACAAUAGAACAACAGACAGAAACAUUCCUGCCCACAGUGAGCUCACAGUCUAGAUUCUGAAACUGAAGCAGCCCUGCUGGAAACAACAGCUUUAGCCUAUCUCUUGCCUGCUCCCUAGUUCUAAGGAGAGAAAAUAAUGGUAUUUGUUAAGCUCCCACUAUCUGCCAAGCACUUUACUGGGGUUAAUGAGG